GAAUCAACAGCCGCCAUCUUGUCGCGGCUUGGAAAUCAGGAUUUCGAUACGGCGCUAUUUUUUAACUUCGAAACAGCGCGUCCGAGGCGACGUUCGACGACAACUUUCGGCCCAAGACGCCGCCGUUGAAUCGCGACGAAGCUUAUUUUGGCGAAAAAUCCUGGAAUUGAGCGGCAUUUCGUCGGCCACGAACCCCCCCCUUUUCGCGUUAUUACCUUUGAUUUCCCCCUUCGGUCCGUGUCGUUUAAACUGAGAGAGGGGGAGCCGUCGGACGACAGACAGCAUCGACGGGACAUUUGCAAAAAAUUAGAAUUAACAUUAUGAUGCAUUUAUGCAUUUUUAAAGGCGUUUCGGAUGUUUUUUUUUGCACGAUUUUUUUUUGACGUCAGAGAAAAGGUUUUGAUGAGGAUGCACAUUUAACAUCGCCGCGACGAGGAAACGCAGCGCCGAGAAUUCCUCUGGAAUAUCUACAUUUCCCCCCAAAAAAACUAAAACUCUCUUUUCUUGAAAGGAAAUAUUUUUUUCUCGAGGCUAAUUUAACGACGAUAAUGUGGGUGUUGGGUGUUGGAUUAUCAUGGGGUAAAUGGCGGUGGCGCUGUUGGUACUUUUUUGAGAAUUCCUCCUCCUCGCUGCUAGCUUAGCUAAUUAGCAACUCAGCCUGAGACGUAUAAACAAAGUGAAUUUCGUGGAGCGUUGUUUCAUUUCCGCCUUGAAAGGAUUCCCUUUGUGAUUAUUUUGCUACAUCUAAUCUAGAAAAAAUGGCUGAAAAUCUGCUUGAUCCUGGACCUCCGAGUGCGAAGAGGCCGAAGAUGACAGCACCUGCCUCAGACGGGCCAGAGUUGAGCUCGUUGUCAUGGGACGACCUGGAGAGCAAUCUUCCAGACGAGUUGAUUCCGACCGGCCCGAACGGAGACCUCGGUCUGAUGGCCAUGCCCUCGAAUGGCGGCGGAGCGGGCUCGACGGGGCUGGCGGACGCCGCCGCUAAGCACAAGCAGCUCUCCGAGCUCCUGCGAGCCGGCAGCGGCGGCAGCCUGAACUCGGCGGCUCUGAACUCGUCCAGCCCGGCGCCCGGGGGAGGCAUGGGGCCUCAGCUGAGCGCUCUGGGCAAGAGCCCGCUGGGCCAGGGCUCUCCGUCGCACGCCUCUCCGACACCAAAGCCAGCAGGAGCCACACCAGGCGCACCGGGUAACGGCGCCAUGGGCCUGAACGCCGGCUUCAACCAGGCCAUGCUGAACAAUGGCAUGAUGGCACAGAGCGCAGCCGCGCAGCAGCAGGGUCAGGUGAUGAACGGGACGCUGGGGCCGGGCGGGCGUGGCAGGGGCGCGCCAGUCAUGCCGUACCAGGGGCCGGCGUCUGUAGGGCAGCAGGUGGCGGCGGCGGCGGCAGCAGGAGCGGCGCCGGGAGGUGCGGGCAGCGUGCUGGCGGAGACCCUGACGCAGGGGACGCAGCAGAUGGGCAUGAACGCCCAGCAAGCGGGCAACAUGAACAAGAUGGGCAUGGCCGGAGGUGGCAGUCCGUUCGGGCAGUACCAGGCAGCCGGGCAGCAGUUAGCGGCGGCGGGUGUAAACGCCCAGCUGCAGAAUAAAGCAGCCCUGGCCAACAGCCUGCCAGCUUUCAGCGCUGAUCUGAAGGGAGCCGCUGUGCCGAACGUGCAGAACAUGCCCCAGGCGCAGCAGCAGGUGGCAGUGGGAAUGGUCGGGUGUCAGGGCGUUCCCGCCGGUCCCACAGCCGACCCGGAGAAGCGCAAGCUGAUCCAGCAGCAGCUGGUCCUGCUGCUCCAUGCGCACAAGUGCCAGCGGCGCGAGCAAGCCAACGGCGAGGUGCGGGCCUGUGCCCUGCCCCACUGCAGGACCAUGAAGAACGUCCUCAACCACAUGACCCACUGCCAGGCCGGCAAGUCCUGUCAGGUGGCUCACUGUGCAUCCUCGAGGCAAAUUAUUUCUCACUGGAAGAACUGCACGCGGCACGACUGCCCCGUCUGCCUCCCGCUGAAGAACGCCAGCGACAAGCGCAACCAGCAGCCGAUGCUGACGUCUCCCAACGCAGGCCUGCAAAACGCAAUAGGUCCAGUGGGUUCGGGUCAGAACGCGGCUCCGGCCCUAAACGCCCCGGCUCCUAUAGACCCGAGCUCCAUGCAGCGAGCCUAUGCUGCCCUCGGCCUCCCCUACAGCAACCAGAGCCCUACGCCGACACAAACGCCUCCCACUCAGCCCUCGCAGACCCAACACCAGCAGCAGAUGAGGCCGCUGAACGCGCUGGGCACUAACCAGAUGGGCAUGAGCGGCGGCGCGAUGGGCGUGCCCACGUCAGAUCAAGCUAAACUGCAUCCCGAAGGCAACAUGCCAUCCACUCUCAACGCCAACAAUCAGCUAAUGUCAGAUGGCUCAGCAGUGGGAGCUCUGGCUAACGUGCCCACGGCGGCUCCGCUGUCAGCCAGUGGAGUGAGAAAAGCCUGGCAUGAACACGUCACUCAGGACCUCCGCAACCACCUCGUCCACAAACUAGUGCAGGCCAUCUUCCCUACACCGGACCCCGCAGCUCUGAAAGAUCGCCGCAUGGAGAACCUGGUGGCGUACGCGCGGAAGGUGGAGGGAGACAUGUACGAGUCGGCCAAUAGCAGAGACGAGUACUACCACUUCCUAGCAGAGAAGAUUUACAAGAUCCAGAAGGAGCUGGAGGAGAAGAGGCGUUCCCGGCUCCAGAAGCACAUCAUCAACCAGGCGCCGAUGACUGCACCGGGGGCGCAGCAGCCCGCUCUGAACCAACCCAACUCUCUGGGUCCCCGGCCUCAGAAUGGACCUGUGCCUAUGCCCAAUGUGCCAAAUCAGAUGAUCAACCGCAUGCAGGUCGCCCCAGGGAUGAACCAGUUCAAUGCGAUGUCCAUGCAGAAUGUGCCGAUGUCUCAGGCUCCAAUGGCCGCCCGAGCGGCCUCCCCAAUGAGUCACGCACCACAGAUAAACAUGAGCACUGUUUCUCAGAUCGGCAUGUCACCCACGCGGAUGGCCCCGUCGCCAGCCAUGAUGGGACCUCACGGCGGGAACAUGGUGCCGCAGGCGGCAAAUCAGACGCAGUUUAUGCAGCAGUUUUCCACCAAUGCUAACGCUAUGAACGUCAACAUGGGCCAGCCCAACACGCAGGCAGCUAUCCCUCAGCAGCCACAGAACCUCCCUCUGAAUGCACUCGGCCCUCUGGGCUCUCAGAUGAACUGCCCUGCGCCUCCCCAGGCCCCUCUCGGUGCCACCCCGCCCCCUAGUGCCGGAACUGCUGGCACCGGCACUAACCUGCAGCCACUGCAGCCUAACCAGGCCGGCACGCCCACCCCCGGCCCGGCACAGAGCACACCGCCGCACACACAGCCUCAGACAGAGCUGCCUGCCCUGCCACAGCCCCAUCCUGGCACACCAAGUGCUGAUAACCGAGUCCCCACCCCAGCAUCGACGGCGAGUGCUGACCUGCACACGCAGCAUGCCGUGCCCGAGCUGCCCGCUGUUGCCGAGCCCAAAGCAGAGCCCAAGCAAGAGGAGCAGGACUUUGAGUCCGGCGCUGCAGAAACCGAACCCAAGAUGGAGGUGGAGGACGAUUCUGGCCCUGUGGUCAAGAAGGAAGAGCCCGAGAGCUCAGAGACCAAGCAGGAGCCGAUGGAAACGGAAGAUAAGAAGACGGACAUUAAAGGAGAGACCAAAGAGGAGGAAGAAAGCAGCACGGCUGGCACGACGUCGUCCUCGCCGUCGCAGUCUCGCAGGAAAAUCUUUAAGCCGGAGGAGCUGCGCCAGGCACUGAUGCCUACGCUGGAGUCUUUAUACAGACAGGACCCCGAGUCUCUGCCCUUCCGCCAACCUGUGGAUCCCAUACUGCUGGGCAUCCCGGACUACUUCGACAUCGUGAAGAACCCCAUCGACCUGUCCACCAUAAAGCGCAAGCUGGACACGGGUCAGUACCAGGAGCCGUGGCAGUACGUGGACGACGUGUGGCUCAUGUUCAACAACGCCUGGCUCUACAACAGGAAGACGUCACGCGUCUACAAGUACUGCUCCAAGCUGGCUGAGGUGUUCGAGCAGGAGAUCGACCCCGUCAUGCAGGGCCUCGGAUACUGCUGCGGCCGGAAGUACGAGUUUUCCCCUCAAACGCUGUGCUGCUACGGCAAGCAGCUCUGCACCAUUCCCCGGGACGGCACCUACUACAGCUACCAAAACAGGUAUCACUUUUGCGAGAAGUGCUUCAAUGAGAUUCAGGGAGACAGCGUGACACUGGGCGACGAUCCCGCACAGCCGCAGACGAUGAUUUCCAAGGAUCAGUUUGAGAGAAAGAAGAACGAUACACUAGACCCUGAGCCGUUUGUUGAAUGUAAAGACUGCGGACGCAAGAUGCAUCAGAUAUGCGUCCUACAUUAUGAAGUCAUCUGGCCUUCUGGCUUUAUCUGUGAUAACUGUUUGAAGAAGAGCGGGAAGACAAGGAAGGAAAAUAAGUUCUCAGCAAAAAGAUUGCAGAUAACACGGUUGGGCACAUAUAUAGAGGACCGAGUGAAUAAGUACUUGAAGAGACAGAACCACCCGGAAGCCGGCGAGGUGUUCGUGCGAGUGGUGGCCAGUUCAGACAAAACGGUGGAAGUCAAACCCGGCAUGAAGGCCAGGUUUGUAGACAACAACGAGAUGGCCGAGAGCUUCCCCUACAGAACCAAAGCACUUUUCGCCUUUGAGGAGAUCGACGGCGUCGACGUGUGCUUCUUUGGCAUGCAUGUUCAGGAGUACGGCUCUGACUGUCCUUUCCCCAACACCAGACGGGUAUACAUAUCAUACCUUGACAGUAUUCACUUCUUCAGACCUCGCAUGCUUCGGACAGCAGUUUAUCACGAGAUCCUCAUCGGUUAUCUGGAAUACGUCAAGAAAUUGGGGUACGUGACGGGACAUAUUUGGGCGUGCCCUCCGAGCGAAGGUGACGACUACAUCUUCCACUGUCACCCCGCCGAUCAGAAGAUCCCCAAACCUAAGCGCCUGCAGGAAUGGUACCGCAAGAUGUUGGACAAGGCCUUUGCAGAGAGGAUAAUCCACGACUACAAGGACAUCUUUAAACAAGCGACGGAGGACCGUUUGACGAGUGCAAAUGAGCUGCCUUACUUCGAGGGCGAUUUCUGGCCUAACGUGUUGGAGGAGAGCAUUAAGGAGCUGGAGCAGGAGGAGGAGGAGAGGAAGAAAGAGGAGAACACAGCUGCCUGCGAAACUCCUGAGGGCACGCCAGGGGACAGCAAAAACGCCAAGAAGAAGAACAAUAAGAAAACCAAUAAAAAUAAGAGCAGCGUGAGUCGAGCCAAUAAGAAGAAGCCUGGGAUGCCGAAUGUAGCCAAUGACCUAUCCCAGAAACUCUACGCCACCAUGGAGAAGCACAAAGAGGUUUUCUUCGUGAUCCACUUGCACUCUGGGCCGAUGAUGAACACGUUGCCGCCCAUAAUGGACCCCGAUCCGCUGCUCUCCUGUGACCUGAUGGACGGGCGAGACGCAUUCCUGACACUGGCGCGGGACAAACACUGGGAGUUCAGCUCUCUGCGCCGCUGCAAGUGGAGCACCAUGUGCAUGCUGGUAGAACUACACAACCAGGGCCAGGACCGCUUCGUCUAUACCUGCAACGAGUGCAAGCACCACGUGGAGACUCGCUGGCACUGCACCGUUUGCGAGGACUUCGACUUGUGCAUCAACUGCUACAACACUAAGGGCCACGAACACCAGAUGGUCAAGUGGGGUCUCGGUCUGGAUGACGACAGCAACAGCCAGAGCGGCGAGGCCUCCAAGAGCCCGCAGGAGAGUCGGCGUCUGAGCAUCCAGCGGUGCAUACAGUCCCUGGUGCACGCCUGCCAGUGUCGCAAUGCCAACUGCUCUCUUCCAUCCUGCCAGAAGAUGAAGCGGGUGGUGCAGCACACCAAGGGCUGUAAGCGCAAGACCAACGGCGGCUGCCCUGUCUGCAAGCAGCUCAUCGCGCUUUGCUGUUACCACGCCAAGCACUGCCAGGAGAACAAGUGCCCCGUGCCCUUCUGCCUCAACAUCAAGCACAAGCUGCGGCAGCAGCAGCUGCAGCACCGCCUCCAGCAGGCUCAGAUGAUGCGACGGCGCAUGGCCACCAUGCAAGGCCGCGCCGGACCCCAAAGCCUGCCGUCCCCUCCACCUUCUGCAGCUCCGGGCACCCCCACAGCACACCAGCAGCCACAGCAGCAGCCGAACACACCCCAAACGCCACAGCCCCUCCUUCCUAGCCAGCCGGCCACGCCCAAUGCCGGCGUCAUGUCUCCCACGUAUCCUACUGCUCCCCGCAAUGGCCAGCAAGUGUCCCAAGGUAAGCCAGGUGCCCAGGCUUCACCUCUGCACCAGCAGCCAUCUCCUUUGCCUCAGCCCCAACCGCAGCAGCAUCAGCAACCACAGCAGCAACAACCGCCACAGCAGCCCCAGCAGCACCCCCCGCCUGGCGCGGUCCAAAUGGCGCGGAAGAUCGAGAUGAUGGCGCAGGCCCAACACAACCAGAACUAUCGCAUGGCUGUAAACGGCUUGGCCAUAAACCACCAGCAACAGCAGCAGCCGCGUAUGCCGGGCCCCAUGCAGCCUCCUAUGCAGAUGGUGGGACCUCGGGGGCAGCCGGUCAUGCCAGGCAUGCAGCCGGGCCAGUGGGCGCAACCAGGGAUGCAACCAGGGAUGCAACCGGGAAUGCAACCAGGAAUGCAGCAGGCAGCUCAACCACAGCAGCAGCAGGCACCGCAAGGCCCACAGCAAGCCGUGCCAAUGCAGAGGCCCAUGAUGUCUCAGCAGCCUCCGCAGCGCAUGAUGGUGCCUGCGCAGGGCCAGCGGCCACCCCAAGCAACCCAGAGACCUCCAGCCAUCGCACCAAAUGCCCUGCAAGACCUUCUGCGCACGCUCAAGUCUCCCAGUUCGCCACAGCAGCAACAGCAGGUGCUUAACAUCCUCAAGUCCAACCCGCAGCUCAUGGCAGCUUUCAUCAAGCAGAGGACAGCGAAGUACGCCAACCAGCCCCAACAGCAGCAGCAGCAGCAACAACAGCAACAACAACAACAACAGAGCAUGCAGCCCACAAUGCAAGCCAUGGCAGCCAUGCAGGGUGUCCAAAGACCUGGCAUGCCAACCCAACAACCUCAGCAGCCAAACGCGCAAGGUAUGGCGGCUCUCGGACCAGCGCAGGGUCAGCUCAUGAACCAGACGCAUGCUGAGAUAUAUCGUCGACAGCUCUUGCGGCAGCAACAGCAACAACAACAGCAGCAGCAGGGCGUGAUGCCACAACCGCAUGGCCAGUUCCCUCAAGCGCAGGGUGCUGCAUCCAGCUACUCGCAACUUCGCAUGCAACACCAGCAACUAUCGGCGAUGCAAGGCACCGGCGGACCUAUGAGCCAACUUCAGCCGAUGCCACAAAUGGGGCAGCCGGGAUUGGGCAUGGAUGGCGCGCAGAACUUGCUCCACCAACGCAUGCUCCAACAACAGCAGCAGCAACAGCAGCAGGCCGUCCUCAAGCCCCAGAUGGGCUCGCCGGCACCACCAAACCCUAUGAGCCCUCAAGGCCACCUGCUACCUGGACCGCCGAUGGCAGGCAACGCGCUGGGUAGCCAGGUUCGCUCUCCAGCACCUGUGCAGUCCCCGCGACCACCGUCACAGCAGCCACAGCAGCACUCCAGCCCCUCGCCGCAGGUCCAGCCGCAGCCCUCGCCCCACUCCGCCUCGCCUCACCCCGGCCUGGGCACACCCAUGCCCGCUGGCGCCGCCCUGGAGCAGCAGGGGCACCUGGGCACACCGGAGCAGAGCACCAUGCUCUCGCAGCUUAACGCACCUGGCCGUGGCGGCCUACCCACCGACCUAGCCAUGGUCGGAGAUACCACAGGAGACACGUUGGAGAAAUUUGUCGAGGGGUUGUAGCAUUUUCAGCGACCCCCAAAAGUGCUCCCGCCUUUUCCUAUUUUUGGCUCCCCCUUCCUUUUCUCCCACAUUUUCCUCUAUAAAUAAUUUUUUGUACUGACGUGUAAAAAGUUCCUGAAAUGUAAUAAGAAGAAAAAAAAAGAAAUAAAAAAAAGUCAGCAAAUGCUAGGAAUGUUGUUGUUUCCUAAAGACUGAGAUUUCUUCCUUUGAGUUGAGGGAUUAGAAAAUGUGUUGAUUAAAAUGAUUUAAAUUGCAAAGAAUAUAUUUUUUGGUUCAGACCGUAUGUGGUCAUUGUUUUGUUUUAAAUUUUUUUGGUGUUUUUGUUUUCAGGGUUUUUUGGGUAUGGUUUCAUGCCUGCUCUUUUUUAAGAAAAUUUACAAAGGUUCAUUAUUAUUAUUCAUACAUUUUUAUUUUGUACCCUGUCUAACUAUAAAAGCAUUUGUGUUUAAAGACUGUAAAAUAAUUUGUCUGGGAAUUUGGGCGAUGUUUUCUCUGCUCUCAUCUUUCCUGACGAUCGUAUUCUAGUGUUGUACUGUUUUGUUUUUCUUUUUCUUUUCUUUUUUUUUUUUUCCUUUUUUUUUUCCGUUUUUUCCAGAUCUACGUUUUGGAGGAAACUCUCCUUUCCUCAUUGUGAAGUCUUUUUGAGGAGAACUAUUUGUUUGUGCUGAAAGGCAUAACUAGGCAUACACAGACACACACACACACACACACAACCGCAAGCUCAUCAGAAACACAAUAUGGUAACAAACCUUGAGUGGAUGUGCAAAACCAGAUGACAUCUCACUGGCCUGGACCCAGAAUUUCUGUCUCGCUGAUGUAGAAAAUUGUUGCUUUUUGUCCUAAUUUUGUGAUACAGAUCUAUAAGUAUAAAGCGAGAGGGGAUGGAGGCCCCUGAGCUGAGUGGGUUUGGAAUGAGUGAUCACUGGUUGACUGCUUUUUGGAACACUGAGAGUUCUGCUAUCGACCCUCAUUCCUCUCACACACAAACUUGAACUGGGGCUCCACUUUUCCUCUUAAUGUAAAUCAUGCAAGUUAUUAAGCAAAAUACUAUAAAUAUAAGGAAGAGAGAAUGGAAUCACUGUAUAAACUGGUUAAAAAACUUAUUUCUUACUUAUAUACCAUAUUGUUAAAUAAACUGUGUGCAACAGAUCAAA